CCUGUCUUCACAGUUCCUCAUCCGCCUAGGGUUUCCGUCUCUCUGCUGCUCGCUAGUGCAAUAAUGGCCGACGAACCUCAGUACUCUUCCGGCACCGACACAGGCAGCAACAAGCGCAAGUACGAGGAGCAAACCACGCCGCCGUCUCGUCGGCCGACUGGCUUCUCCGCUCCCAUCUCCUCCACAUCUCCCGAUUCGGCGCCUCCCUCGUACAACAGCGUCCCGCCUCCGGUUGACGAGAUCCAGCUCGCCAAGCAGCGAGCGCAGGAGAUCGCCGCUCGUUUGUUCAACAACGCCAGCGCCGGCGCAGGCGUCGCUCCUCCCCUCGACGCCAAGCGCCCUAGAGUUGAGAACGGCGGUGGCUUCGAUUCGAGUGACAAGGGUUUUAGUUCUGCCCCUACUGAUUCGAAGCCACACAAUCCAAUUUCUGCUCCUUCGUCGAUACCAGUUUCGUAUGGAUUCCAGGGCUCGAGCAAAAAGAUUGAGAUUCCAAACGGCAGAGUUGGUGUGAUUAUAGGUAAAGGUGGAGAGACUAUAAAGUAUCUUCAGCUUCAAUCUGGAGCCAAGAUUCAAGUUACUCGGGAUAUGGAUGCCGACCUCAAUUCUCCGACGAGAAUGGUGGAGCUCAUGGGUACUCCAGAACAGAUUGCCAAGGCUGAGCAGUUGAUAACCGAUGUUCUUGCUGGGGCUGAAUCAGGGAGUCAAGGCAUGCAAACCCGGAGGGUAGGUGGCCAAUCUGGAUCUGAGCAAUUUGUCAUGAAAAUUCCAAAUAAUAAGGUUGGUCUUGUCAUUGGUAAAGGAGGAGAAACUAUUAAAAAUAUGCAAGCUAGAACUGGAGCUCGUAUUCAGGUGAUUCCUUUGCAUCUGCCUCCUGGUGAUGCAUCAAUUGAAAGGACAUUGCAGAUAGAUGGAACCAGUGAACAAAUUGAAACUGCAAAACAAUUGGUUAAUGAAGUCAUCAGUGAGAAUCGUGUUAGAAAUCCAGGAAUGUCAGGAGGAUAUCCUCAGCAAGGUUAUCAAGCCCGACCACCUACAAGCUGGGGCCCACCUGGGGCUCCUCCAACGCAACAACCUGGUUAUGGUUAUGGGCAGCCUGGUUCAUACUCUGGUCCAUCAUCCCAGUAUAAUAUGCCACAGCAUUCUUAUCCUGGAUACCCUCCCCAGCCAACAUCUGGUGGGUAUCCCUCCAGCUGGGACCAGUCAACUGUACCACCAAGUCAGCAGACUUCUCAUGGAGGUGGUUAUGACUACUAUAGUCAACAAGCGCCUACACACCAACAGCAAAACCCUGGGGCUGCAGCGCCAGCAGAUAAUACCGGUUACAAUUAUGGUCAGACUGGUGCCUCUGGCUAUCAGCAGGGACAGGGUUAUUCCCAAGAUGGUUAUGGCGGUUAUAAUGCACCUCAAUCUGGAUAUGGUCAGCCACCUCAGUACGAUCAGCAGCAAGGUUAUUCGGCUGCAGGCUAUGGUAAUGUGAGCAACCCAACAGAUGGACACACUUCCUCUUACGGUUCUCAAGGGGACUCAACCCAAGCACCUCCUUCCGUCCCACCCACUUCAGCGGGCCAACAAGGAUACAAUACCAGUCAGCCUAGUCCAAACCCGUCAAGUUAUCCGCCUCAAGGAGCUAAUCAGCCUGGUUAUGGAGUGCCUCCAAAUUCCCAGGCUGGUUAUGGGAGCCAGCCAGCUGCUCAGCCUGGUUAUGGCCACGGCUAUGGAGCACAACAAGGUCAAAAGCCACCUCCAAACCCCCCAGUUUAUGGCCAGGCGGCACAGUCACCCAGCACUCCGGGAGGCUACAGUCAGCAAGCUCCUCAGCAGCCGGGCUAUCCCCAUUCUCAGCCACCACCGGCUGGUUAUGCUCAGCCAGAUUCUGGUUCCCAGCGUGGUCCAUCCAGCUAUGGUGCGGCAACUUCUCAGCCUGGAUAUGGGGCUGCACCUUAUGGUGCACCACCGGCUGGUCAACCAGGUUAUGGACAGGGUCCACCGUAUAAUUCCUCUUAUGGGAGUGGUUACUCUCAACCGCCUGUAUACACUGCUGAUGGAAAUUCAGGUGGUAGCGGUCGCAGCGCUUAUGAUGGUCCACCAGCUUCACAGAGUUCUCAACAGAGUGGAGUUGCCAAAACAUCCCCGCAGAGUUAAAGAAGUAUCGUUGAAUUUGGAUCUUUACACAUCUUGAUAUUUGGACGAUUGGUCCACUGUAUUGCUGUAUUUUAACCAAACUAGAGUUAGGUUAGUAGUGUUUGAGAUAUUGGUGUAUUUGGUAUGGAAUUCUGUUUUCUAGUAUUUCAGGUAUGUCUCAAGGUUAGUAGAGUGAGUUGGAUUUUGCCUAUCCGCUUUCUUCUUUAUGGUGAAACGAUCGCAUACUCAUUUCUCUUUAGCAGUAAUGUUUCGAAAACUUUUUCUAGAAUCAUUAUGAAUGAACAUUUU